AUGCUCGUCCGCACCCUCAUCGCCCGCCUCCGCCCCCGCCUCGCCCCGUCGCUCGCCGGCCUCGGCGGCUGCGCGUCGGCGGUCGCCUCCGCCGCCGCCACCGACAUCGUCGUCGACGAGGACGCGCCGCGGCCCCUCGGGUCGCCCGUGCCGGUCGGGGUCGGGGCCGCCGCCGCCGCCAUCGCGGCCACCGUGCCCACCGUCCUGCAGCCGCGCGUGCUCAUCUACGACGGCGUCUGCCACCUCUGCCACCGCGGUGAGCUGAAGUGGGUGUUCAGGACGGACAAGCACGCCAAGAUCAGGUUCUGCUGCCUGCAGUCCAAGGCCGCGGAGCCGUACCUGAGGCUGGUGGGCAUGGACCGGGAGGACGUGCUGCGCCGCGUUCUCUUCAUCGAGGGGCCUGAGGCCUACUACGAGGGCUCCACUGCUGCGCUGAAAGUUGCAUCAUACCUGCCUCUUCCCUACUCGGUGCUGAGCUCCCUGCUGAUCAUCCCCGUCCCACUGCGUGACGCAGCCUACGAUUACAUUGCAAGGAACCGGUACGACUGGUUCGGCAAAGAUGACGAGUGUCUGGUGACCAAGGACCAGGAGCUUCUCGAGCGAUUCAUCGACAGGGACGAAAUGCUCGGUGGCGGUCCCAGCAACAGCUCUUAUUGA